AUGUCUACGUUCGCUCCACAGGUCCAGGACCGCGAGACCGAUGCGAAGUUCAAAGAGGUCAUGCACGGCAAGGACGUCGCCUCCAAGACCGGGUUUAUGUCUGCUAUCAGCAAGAACGACGAUGCUCAGAAGGCCGCUGUCGAUGAGUACUUCAAGUUCUGGGAUAACAAGCGACCUAGUAACGAGACUGAAGAAGACAAGAAGGGUCGUCUUACCGAAUACGCUACUUUGACCAAGCACUAUUACAAUCUUGUGACUGACUUUUACGAGUAUGGUUGGGGUACAUCUUUCCAUUUUUCGCGUUUCUACAAGGGCGAGGCUUUCAAGCAGUCUAUUGCCAGACACGAACACUACCUUGCCCUCAAGAUGGGACUCAACAAGGGAAUGAAGGUUCUUGAUGUUGGAUGUGGUGUUGGUGGUCCGGCCCAGGAGAUGGCAAGAUUCACCGAAUGUCACGUCACUGGUCUGAAUAACAACGACUACCAGGUCGAUCGUGCAAAUGCGUAUGCCACGAAGCUCGGUUUGGCUGAUAAGCUGAACUUUGUGAAAGGCGAUUUCAUGCAAAUGGAUUUCGAGCCGGAGUCAUUCGAUGCUGUAUAUGCCAUUGAGGCUACGGUGCACGCCCCCACCCUUGAUGGUGUCUAUGGUGAGAUCUACAAAGUUCUGAAGCCGGGUGGUACUUUCGGAGUCUACGAAUGGGUCAUGACUGAUAAGUACGAUGAAACCAACCCUGUCCAUCGUGAGGUAUGCUACGGCAUUGAGAUUGGUGAUGGUAUCCCGAAAAUGUACAAGGUUGGUGUUGCUCGGGAUGCUCUUAAAGCGGUCGGAUUUGAGAUUGUUCAUGAAGAGGACUUGGCCCAGAAGAAUGAUGAUGUGCCUUGGUACUAUCCCUUGAGCGGCGAGUGGAAGUACUGCCGUACCCUUGGAGAUGUUGCCACUAUUUUCCGUACCAGCUGGUUGGGAAGACAGGUGACCAUGAAGUCUGUGGGACUUUUGGAGAAGUUCCAUCUGGCUCCCCCUGGAUCCCAGAAGGUGACCGAGGCCCUUGAGGAGGCAGCUAUUAACUUGGUUUUGGGUGCUAAGUUGGAACUCUUCACGCCCAUGAUGCUUUUCGUGGCCAAGAAGCCCCUUGACGGUUAA